ACUGCGGACACAGUACAGGAGAUGACCAGGACUGCGGACACAGUACAGGAGAUGACCAGGACUGCGGACACAGUGCAGGAGAUGACCAGAGACUGCGGACACAGUGCAGGAGAUGACAAGAGGACUGCGCCGGAGGACUGCGGACAGUGCAGGGAAUGACCAGAGACUGCGGACAGUGCAGGGGAUGAACCAGAGACUGCGGACAGUGCAGGGAAUGACCAGAGGACUGCGGACAGUGCAGGGAAUGACCAGAGACUGCGGACAGUGCAGGGAAUGACCAGAGACUGCGGACAGUACAGGGAAUGACCAGAGACUGCGGACAACAGUGAAGGGGAUGACCAGAGACUGCUGAC